AUGUCUUCCUCCUUUGUCGGCUCUAGCCCGCCGUUCCUGCGCAGAUCGUCGCGAAUGCCUGGCGAAUUCGAGGCCCAGGAGCAUGAGCAGAUCGAUGACGCGACGAUGGAUUCGAUCAACGAAGAGGACCGAGAACUGGGGUCGUUGUCGUCUUCAUUUCUCCCACACCAACGCGACCCGAGCAGUCUGCUGGAGAAGACGGAGUAUAGCAGCGCGGAACAACCCAAUACAACGAUCGAUGAGAAGGAGAUGAACCACCAGCUGGCCGAUGUCGAGUCGAGUUUUCUACCCGAUAUCUCCCAGAUUCAGCCGCAGGACGGUCAAGUGCGAGGCGCAGACGACACGUUUGCGUUCGGAGUGCUGAACGACAACAUUGCCAUACGUAAACGACCCCAUCCAAUUGAUGUUACAAGCGCCUUCCGCGAUAUCGACACAGAGUCAAAGGAGAAUGUACCGUCACCAAAUACGCCCGACCAGACGUUCAAGACACCUGCGAUUUCACAGAACGGAUUCGAGGGAGCGGAUGAUUCUCAGGUGUCAGACAGCGCUGCUCCGAACACAUCUCAACUCGAGCAAAUGUCGUCAUCUCCGGCUACAGUUGCGCGCACAGUGUCGCGAGUCCAGUCUCUGGCAACGAUCGGAGGAUACGAGACCGCAGCAGAAGACAGAGACGAUCAAGAGUCGCCAUCAAAGAAGCCACGAACCGUGCAAGAUGAUGAAGAAGUGACACCACGAAGAACUACGCACGAGCACCUCAACAUACCUGCCUCGGAUGCCUUCAGCGGCAGCCUUAAUUCCACAGGCACUCAACGUCAUGGAAGACCCAAGUACCUUCAGAGCCGGACUUCGUCAGCACGACUGUCGUACGACUCUGUGGCUAGUUCUACCACAGAUACGAGCGACGCGACACUCGGCGCCGACUUUGCACUGCAGUCAGGUGGAGCGGCUCCUGCUAGAGGCCGACGUCGAGACAAGCACCUAGACAUAUCACGUCAAGUAAGCCUCGGCAGCAUAGCUUCAAGUGUCUCUGGACUUGGCCUCAGCGAAGACGAGGGACGAUCAAACCCGGGCUUUAAUCCUGACCUGUCCACACUCCAGGAAGAAAGCCCACGAUCGAGCAAAGAUAUGCGCCAGACGCCUACCGGACCAGAGACGCCGAAAGCAUCAGCAGUCGCUAUGCCGACGGACACUGUUAUUGCGGCCAACGUCCGUGAUAUCGAAGUGCCCGGAACGUUCGCUCGACAAUACAGGCAGGAGCGUGACAUGUCGCCAAGCAAAACCCUGACAAUGGCUGGCAUGACACCAGGUCCAAAGCGAGGGCUGACUCUCAAAGAACAUCGGAGCACAGUCGAUAAGCUUAGCAAGGAGAAUUUUGAUCUGAAGAUGAAGAUCUACUUCCUCGACCAGGCUUUGCAAAAGAGAUCAGAGGAUGGGAUCAAAGAGAUGAUCACCGAGAAUGUGCAGCUGAAGAGUGACCGCAUGCGCCUGGAGAAAGAUAACCAUACUUUCCGCAAGCAGAUCCGACAAUUGCAGCAGAAGCUUGACGAGAAGAACGUGCAGUCAUCACCCAAGUCUGACCAAGGAUAUGGUACGGACGAUGAACGUAGUCCUACUGCUGAGGAAGAACUAUUGUAUCUUCGCGAACGGGUGGAGACGACAGAAAUCGAGAUCGAGAAGCUGCGCUCGGAGAAUCUGGCGAAGGAGGGCGAGAAGCGUCGCUUGGCAGAAAUGGUGCGUUCAUUGGGAGAGAGCAAUCCUGGAGCAAGCGAUGUCGGCUCUCGUGAAGAACGAGAUAUGUGGAAGGAUAUGCUGGAAGCCGAAAGCAUUGCCAGAGAACAAGCCGAUGACGCAAACAAGAAGCUACGAGAGGAAGUCGCUCGAUUGCGGCAAGACUCGCAUGGCCUGGACAAGUCUAAAUCUCGCAAAGGCUACAGCGGCUCUGUCAUCUCGCGAGCGAGCAGUGGCGAAGCUUUCCAAGCGCAAUCAGCAGAGCUUGACAGACUGCGACACGAGGUGUCAGAGUUGCAGAAGACUAUCAGCGCACAAGCUUCCGCGCUGACUUCCCGUAACAAGGAGAAGGAAAGACUGUACCAAGAAAUCGAAGACCUGAAGCUCCGAAUGGGCGGAGGUAGAUCUAUCGCUGGUGAUAGUAUCCUCGACAGAUCUGCUUCGCGUAUACGGUCUCACUCCCGCGCUAGCAAUGUCACAAGAAUGUCACGCAUAAGUGACCAGGAGAGGGAUGAGCUCGAAGCAAAGAUUAAUCAGCUAAGAGACGAGGUGAACCAAUUGAAGAUGGACAACCAGAAUCUGCAGCGCGAAGCAGAUGAGGCUGUUCAGGAGCUUGAUGCUAUUGACCUACAAGCUGAAGCCGAUGCAAGGACGUUCAACCAGGAAAUAGCAGACCUGGCUGCAGAACGCGACGAAGCACUUCGCGCUGGUGAAGAUCAGGAGCAAGCAUUCCAGGCUCUCAAAGAAGAGGCACAGAAUGAGAUCGAUGGUCUGGGAGACGAGCUCGAUGCCAAAGCCGAAGAGUGUGAACAUCUCAGCGCUGAAGUGCAAUCCUUGAACGAGAAUUUGAAGGCCUUGCAGUCUGAGAUGCAUUCAGCAAGCGAAGGACUUGUGCGUCUCGAAGAUGAUGCACAGCAAAACCUCGCUCGAUACCAGAAGGUCAAAGCCGAACUUGAUGACAGCAACCGCGAGAUCGAGAGCAUGGAGAAGUCUCUUGCUGAAGCGGAGAGUAAGAUCCAGCGCCUGACUGUGCAACAGGAGAGCAGUCAUAAUGAGAUUGCUUUUCUACGAGAAGAGCAAGAUGGCGACAAGAUCAAGAUUGGCGAUCUAGAGUCACUCCUUAAGAAGGUGCACUUCAAUCUCGAGUCUGAACGAGAGAAAGCUCGAGAGCUCGACGGUCGCCUCAAUGAAGAACGCCAACAGCACAACAUGAUCACGAGCAAGAAAGAAAAAGACGUCCAGCGCCUGAUCACCGGCCUUAAUCAAGAAGUGUCUAAGACUACCGAGGAGCUGCGACAGCUGCGGAAGAUGCUCUCGACGCGCGAGAUUGAGCUGUCGUCCUGGAAGGACAAGGCUGAGGAGAUGGAGCAAAGUCUGCGCAGCAUUUUCAACGAUCCAAGCGCAAGCCGUGCAAGUCUCGUCACAGCGAUCGAGAAGAUGGCCCAGGACUUCGAGUCCGCCCAAAUUGACCUCGAAUCUACACGUCGCCGACUCGAUGAGCAGCAAUCCAUUAUGCUGAACCGGGACCAACUGCUUGAGAACAACAGUCAUGAGUUCGGCAAGAUACAAGCUGCUCUCGACCGAGAGAGGCAGGGCCGACGGCAAGACAAGCAUUCAUUCGAGCAAGCCUUGAAAUCACAGCAGCAAGCAACACGUGCUAUGACUGCGACCAGCUCGAAGAUAAAUGAGCUUGAGCAGGCACGUUCCUUAGAUCGUAAGCGUCUGGCACAGAUCGAGACCCAGUUCAAAGAGCAAUUGGCAGAGAGAAAUCAAGUGCUUCUCACGCUAUGGAAGAAACUGUCCGCGCUUUGUGGACCAGACUGGGCACACAAUAACAGCCUGAUCAAUGGCAAUUUACCUUCGCAAGAAGUGAUCGGCAACAUGCUCUUCUGGCCAGGUUUCAAUCGCAAUCUCAUGUUGGCAGCCAAGCAAGUCGAGGGCACCUUUGCGACAUUCGGAGAAAAGAUCAAGAAAGUGGAACGCGAACUCUACAAAGACUACCGGAACCUUGAACACACACUCGAGCAGCGGACCAAAAAGCUAGAACGCAUUGAGGAAAGCUGGGAGAAGGUCAAGCUCAGGCAAGCCGAGAUGGAGGGUCAACUGGGACAUUCGCGUACGAGCAGCUCUCGUUCAGGGCUUACCAAUGAAGUCAGCAAGCUCAAGGGUGAAAAUCGACUGCUCAAAGCCGAGCUGCAGCUCCUUCAGCAGCAACACCACCGCCAUAGCUCCCGUGCGAUGCGCCCUGAAAGUCGCAUGUCUGUUCGGUCCAGCGCCAUGUCCGUGGACGGUCCAGCAGCGCUUGACGGCGCCCUAGGCUUGCCACCAAGGACCUCCAGUGUACGCAAAACCAGUCGAGGGCCAGGUCUCGAGCGUUAUAACACUACCAACAUCGUUGAGCAUCUUGCUGGCGUGGACGGCAGUAUGGCUUCUCCAAGAUCGAGCUCCAUCUCCAGUCGCAAUUCGGGCUAUGUGAUCACCAAUGAUCGUGAUCGGGUCCCAGACAGAACACUCACGAUCCCGGCCGGGGCUAUGCACGCACCUCACAACGGCAACUUCUCUCUACCGCCCAGGGAGCCGGCACCGAUGCCACCUGCACUUCAGACGAACGGCUCCGGUAACGAAGGCGCUGGAUAUGGCGCCACUGGCCCAGGACAAGAAAAGUGGAUCCACCGCCUUCGUGAGCUAGAGCGACGCCUCAAAGCUGAACGGGAGGCCCGCCUGCUCGACCGCGCCGGCAUGCGCAAACGACUAGAGGAGCGUGAUGCAGUGAAUGAGGAACUGCGAAUGGAACUCGAGCGGGAGCGCGUUAGGAACAGCCUCGACAUGUCCGGAGAACAACAACGACGACUUGAGGGCAGCACAAAUGAGAACAAACAGUACCGCCAACACGCCAUUGGUGGACCAGACGAGAGAUAUGAUGACAGCUCCCUGUUGGAGGACAGUGAGCUGCUCGAAGAAGUUGGCGACGAGGACGACACUAUGCGUCCACAGAAAGUUGCCAUUCAUGCUCGAAAUGCGAGAGGAUAG